AUGGAUGCUACUCCAAGUACCAGCGGACUUUCUUCUCCACCAAAAAGGCGGAAAUUGAUAAGUUUGGCUCAUUUAUCACUAAACAAAAAACAGAGUCUUAAAAGCCCAUCAGGAAAAGGUAAAUGUCUUAUAAUUCUUCAUGCUGAAUGUGAACAAGGAUUUGUUAAAGACGCAUUACUCGUUUUCGAAAGUAAAAAAACUGGAGAUUAUCAUGAGGAUAUGAAUGGGACAGUGUUUGAACAAUGGUUUUCUGAAUUUCUAAAAAAAUUGCCAGAUGGUGAUGUAAUUGUAAUGGACAAUGCAUCCUACCAUAGCAGUCGAAUAGAAAAGGUUUCGACAACAUGUUCAUUGAAAAAAGAUAUGCAGGAUUGGUUACGAUUAAAAAAUAUAGAAUUUGAUAUAGGUAUGGUUCGAUCCGAACUUAUUUAUAUAAUAAAUCAAUAUAAAGAAAACUUCAACACAUAUGUUACUGAUGAAAUGGCACAACAAAAUAAUAAAGUUUUGUUAAGGCUACUGCCAUUGUUAAUGGAAGCAUUCGAUAAUGUUAACAAUAUUAAUUGGCAAAAUUGUAUUGCACAUGUAUUAAAAGAAGAAAAAAUGUACAAAUUGGAUGGGAUUAUGGAUGAUCUUCUAGAACCUAUAAUUAUUUCCCUGUCUAACGAUACUGACAGUGAUUCUGCAACAGAUACUGAUGGUGAUAAUGUUUAG